AUGAAGCUUUCGAAUCCGGGCACCGUGCCCGUGUAUACUAUAUCCGGUGCUUCUACUGCACGCCCACUACCAGACUGGCUUGCUCGUCGCCGCAAGCGAAGUCUUAAGAACGAUGCCGAGUACCAAAACCGAGUCGAGCUGCUCCAGGAUUUUGAAUUUGAAGAGGCUAGUAACUGUAUUCGAAUCAGUGAAGAUGGUGAAUGGGUCAUGAGCACCGGCACCUACAAACCUCAGAUGCACGUUCAUAAUCUUCCCCAGCUUGGCCUGUCCUUUGCCCGCCACACCAACUCUCUAAACCACAGCUUCGUCCUCUUAUCUUCGGAUUAUUCAAAAUCAUUACAUCUACAGACCGACCGCCGACUCGAAUUACACACACCAAUGGGCUGCCACUACGAAGUGCGUCUACCACGCUAUGGUCGAGGCGUUGUCUAUGAUCGCCCCUCUACCGAAGCGCUUGUGCCAGCCGUUGGUAUCGACGCCGAGGGCAAGGGCGAGGUGUUUCGUCUGAAUUUGGAAAUGGGACGUUUCAUGAAGUCGUUUCAGGUUGACGUUGGUGGUGAUGAUGAGUUGACUGGCGGUGGUCUGCAAGGUGGCAUUGAUGUUGGCAGUGUGAACUGCGUCGCCACGGCCGAAGAGUCGCACAAUCUGCACGCUUUUGGUACUUCUAUUGGAACGGUUGAGUUCUGGGAUCCACGAUCCAAGUCCAGAGCAGCUCUCCUUGCCGGCCAUGACGGUGCGGUCACUUGCCUGGAUUUCCACCGUUCUGGCUUGUCGCUGGCAACCGGCUCGUCAACUGGUAUGGUCCAGUUAUUCGACUUGCGACGCCCAACACCACUGUUAAAGAAGGAUCAUGGCUAUGGUUUUGCUGUGCAAAAUCUCAUACAUAUGACCACAUCAUCACAAGAAAAGAAGAUCAUGUCCGCAGACAAGCGUAUUAUCAAGAUUUGGGACGAAGCCACCGGUGACCCAUGGACGUCAGUCGAGCCUAUUGUAGAUUUGAACGAUGUCGCAUGGUGCAAGGAUAGCGGUAUGCUUCUGACUGCCAAUGAAGGCAAACAGCAGCACGCCUUCUUCGUUCCUCAACUUGGACCCGCGCCAAAAUGGUGUGCGUUCCUGGACAACAUGGUGGAAGAGAUGGCAGAGGAGAUUCACACAGAAACUUACGACAACUACAAGUUCCUGACAUUACCCGAGCUCAAGCAACUCAGCUUGGCACAUCUGGUGGGCAAGAGCAAUUUGCUACGACCUUAUAUGCACGGAUACUUUGUUGCAACUAAGCUAUACGAGCAGGCCAAGCUUAUUGUCAAUCCUUAUGCUUGGGAGGAAGAGAGAGUUAAGCGCGUCAAGGAUAAGGUUGAGAAGGAACGUGCCAGCAGAAUCAGAGGAACCAAGAAGGUCAAGGUUAACCAGAAGCUGGUCGACAAGUUGCUUAAGAAACAGGAGAACCGUGAAAAGGUUGAUACCAAAGCUGGUCUUCUCGGUGAUGACCGUUUCACGAAGCUGUUCGAAGAUGAAGAAUUCAUGGUGGACGAAACAAGUCGUGAAUUCCGUCUUAUCAACCCCAGCACUGUUGUUGAUCAACCGACUGAGCCCGCUCCAAAGCCUACCCGAUACCAAGGCAAAGACUCCGAUGAUGACUCGAGCGAUGAUGAAAUUCGCGGGCAGCCUUCUACUACUGGUGGUAUGGUUAUGCGAGUUACAUCGACGCAGAAUCACGGCCGACCUCUCAAAGAUACCGCAUUCGGUUCUAGGCAAGCCAAGGGUGGCCGUGAAGGAAGACGUGGCGGUGACAUCGUCGGUGAACGCUCUGUUACCUUUGUGCCAGCAUCGAGGAGGAAGAAGCCUGGAGAAUCCGAAGAGCAAGAAGCACCCAAGAGACGAGCUAAUGCCGGCCGACGUAGCGCAAGCUCCAACACAUUUCGCAAGAUGUAA